GUGAGUGACACUGAAGUAGACAGAAGAUCUUCAGCAACAAAGUCAAAAAUGAACAGAGCAGCAGCUGUACUGACUGCCAUCCUGCUCCUGUGUGCUAUUGCUACACAAGGUAUUCCAAUCCCAGGUACUCAAGGACGGUGUCAAUGUCCCACGACCAGCUCUAGUUUUAUCAAUCUGAAGACCAUCAAGAAUUUACAAUACAUUCCCAAAGGACCACAUUGUGAGACACAGGAGAUAAUCAUCACCAAGAAAAAUGAGCAGAAAGUUUGUGUGGACCCUGAUGCCAAGUGGGUGAAGAUUAUCAUUAAAUCCAGAAAAGGUUCCAGACGACGUAACUAAGAAUUGAAGCUGCAAUGGGAUUCAUUUGAUUGCCCCCUGGAGAAGUUGCUGUACAGUGAACACCGAAAUGAAGGAAGGUCCCUGAAGAGCAUUCACUUUCUGACAUCACUGUUCAAUAUGUUGUCUGAGCAGUUCCCCUGCAUUGAUUCUCUGAAAUCUAACUCAGUGUUCAACCCUCUUGCACUGUAAUUGUUUACACAGAACUAAGCAAUCAGACUGCCAUCAAGAAAAUUUGUACAGUGCUGGAGGGAUUCUGUUCAUGUGAUGUGAUUAGUACGAUUUUGCUGAAGUGAUCUGGCACUGUUGUGAGAUAGCAAUUUGUUAGCCGUCUCCAUAAGUAUU